AUAAACGUCGCGAGCGCACGUUGUAGCGGCGAGCGUGGCGCUCUCUGUCGGUGUCGGGACUUAAAGAGUUCUGGCGGCGUACGGGCUGAGCGUAGGCCGAGCACAGUGCCUCUCGAGACAUAGUCGCGGUUAGUGCUACGUGCGAUACCGCUGCCUAGUAUCGACGAGCUGCUAUCGAUCCUAGUAUCAUCGCGCUCUGUGGUUUUGAAAUAAUUGAAGAGUGCCAGUGAUAAUUUUCGAUAUCGUUUCGCCAAUAGCGAACGUCAGGACGUACGUACGUGCGCGAUAAACAUCGGUCGGCCGUCGCCGCCGAUCUGUGCCGAAUCGUAAUUCUUAACGCUGAGAUAAAUCCAACGCGAGUGAAUUUACAGGGGAUUCUGUUGAUUAAUUUACAAUAUCCCUGUGUGAUUUGAUAGUGAAGAGUGCACCGUGAUGAGGCCGAAGGAAGAAAUAGAGACGAAAGUCCAAACGGGAGCUUUUAUUUUGUCUGAAAAAAUCGACGACACCAAGACGAAGAAAAGUGAAAAGGAGAUGAAAAAAGAAAUGAAACGAUUAGAAAAAGAAAAACAAGAAAGGGAAAAGAAAGAGAAAAAGGCGAGAGAAAAGGAAAAGGAACGCGAGAAGCAAUCCAAAAAAGGCAAAGUGGUGUGCGCAUCUUGCGGCGGCAAGUGCAGCGGUGAGGUGCUUCGCGUGUCGGACAAGUACUUCCACACCGCCUGCUUCACGUGCCGCACUUGUUCAGCCUCUCUCGCCAAAGGGGGCUUCUUCUGCAAGGACGGACACUACUACUGCCCGCAGGAUUACCAACGCGCGUUUGGCACACGAUGCGCAGCCUGCAACCAGUAUGUAGAAGGAGAGGUGGUCUCCGCCCUCGGGAAUACGUAUCAUCAGAAAUGCUUCACUUGUGCGAGAUGCAAGAGAGCGUUCCCGUCGGGUGAGAAAGUGACGUAUACAGGAACAGAAGUUGUCUGUUCGAACUGCGUGGCGGUGCCGCAGCGACAGACCGCGAGGACUGCGGCGCCGGCCCCCCUCAGCUCCCCCACUCCGGAGCCACAGCAGAAUAAUGUUGAACGACGACAGCCAGAUCAGAACGAAUGCGCUGGUUGCGGUCAAGAAUUAUCCGAGGGUCAGGCUUUGGUGGCACUAGACAGACAAUGGCACACUGGGUGCUUCUCGUGCGGCGAGUGCGGCGCCGUGCUGCAGGGCGAGUACAUGGGCCGGGACGGCGUGCCUUACUGCGAGCGAGACUACCAGCGUCUGUACGGAGUGCGGUGCGCGUACUGCCAGCGAUACAUAUCCGGGAAGGUGUUGCAGGCCGGAGAGAAUCACCACUUCCACCCGACGUGCGCGCGCUGCAGCAAGUGCGGAGAUCCAUUCGGCGACGGCGAGGAGAUGUUCCUCCAGGGCGCCGCCAUCUGGCACCCGCGCUGCGGGCCCGCGCCCCACGACCCGCUCUCCGCCGAUAGAGCCUCCUCCGAGUUGCAGUUCUCGCUGCGAUCGCGCACACCCAGCGUCAACGGCUCAUACUGCAGUCCCUACAGUAGCUUGACUAGAAAGUACGGGUACCGAGCCGUGUCCCCCGGGCUGGUGCUACGCGAGUACCGCGAGGCGGGCGCGUGCAGUCCGCACCGCAUCACCACGUACUCGUACCUCACGACGGAGCCUGCGUACCUGCGCCGCCCCGUGCAGCCCUACGACCGCCCGCCCACCUCGCCGCACUUCCACCGCCCGCCCUCGUCGGCGAGCACCCGCGCGUCGUCCCGGGCGGGUAGUAAGGCGUCGUCCCGCCCCGGGAUGCGCGUGCUGGUGGACUCUAUCCGCAGCGAAACGCCGCGACCCAAGUCACCGCACAUGAACAAUGAGGAACCAAUCGAGCUGUCACACUACCCGGCUGCUUACAAGCCGCCCCCCGGAACCAAACCGAAGAUAGAGAGAGACGAUUUUCCAGCACCACCUUAUCCAUACACAGAUCCGGAACGCAGAAGGCGAUGGUCGGACACGUACAAGGGCGUCCCGGACAGCGACGAGGAGGUGGACGGUAAAGUGAACGGCGCGGUCAACGGCCGGGCCGGGGUCGACCCCAAGCUGCGCAAGGAGGAGGAGGAGCUGUCCAAAAUCGAGACGGGGAUAGCGCAGGUGUUCCUGAAGGAAGUAAAAGAACGCGAAAAGCUUCAGCAGUGGAAGAAACAAAAUUUAGAUCCUAGAAACGCAAGCAGAACGCCGUCCGCGUCCCGCGAGCCGACGUACCGCCUGCGCUACUCAUCGCCGGUGGGCGCGUCCCCAUCCCGCAGCCUCGACCACCCGCGCGCGCUCGACGAGCCCUCGCACGCCGGCCACUCGCACGCCAGCCACUCGCACAUCCCCAGCUACAACGUAAUGCACGCGGCUCCGCGGCCCGGCUACGGGCUCCGGUCGAGCACGCUGCCGGCCGGCGUCGGGCGACACUGCAACGUACGUGCCGAGGGUGACUUCACAUUCAGCGGCAUGGGAGAUAAAACUCAUAGCACCGACUUCAGCAGCGGCAAAUCAGAUAUUUCUGCCGGCUCCAUAACCGAUGUGGAUAGAAGUGCUGUGACAACCGAAGCGGGUAUAGUGGUCCGCGGGGUGAGCACGCUGGGGUCGGGGGUGGGGGUGCGCGGCGGGGUGGGGGGCGUGCGCCGCUCCCUCCCCAACAUGGCCACCUCGCAUCUCCUGCACGAGCCGGCCAAGCUCUACCCCUACCACUUGCUGCUCAUCACCAACUACAGGCUGCCGCCCGACGUCGACAGGCUUAACUUAGAGCGACAUCUCUCGGACGCCGAAUUCGAAGCCAUUCUCCAGAUCAACCGGCAAGACUUCUACCGCUUGCCGCAGUGGCGCCGAAACGAACUCAAACGACGGGCUCGCCUCUUCUAGAACAUUCGUCUACUCGAACGAGCGAUUCACUCGCGACAGCGCCAUCUAGGAACUGAAGUUGGUACUUUGUACACUUUUCAUUUGUCGAUAUUAUUGACACAAGAAAGCAAAUGAUAAAAAAAAAACGAUAGUUUUAGAAUAUAGAUAGUUCUUUGAAACGUACAAGAUCAUUUCAAUUAUCAGACUGAAUUAAAGGCUAUCCCCAAAAAUGUUUAUUUUGAAGGAAGAAACUAUCGUUUUAAAAAAUUAAUAAGGAUGUUGUACAAAGUAUCAUCUUCACAAUUGGUUUUAAAAUAUCAAGAUUAUUUAUUUGUAAUCAUUCAUUCGAUUGGAAAGAAUGCGUGCCUAUGUUAUUUUAUAAAGCUAAGAUUUAAUUUUAGACGAGCCGUUGCGUGCACGGCGUGCGCUUUAGUUUUGCAUAAUUUUUAUAUUUAAUAAGACGAAUUGAGUUGUCCUUGUUUUUAACGUUUUUUUUUUCCAUUUUAUUUAUUUCGAUGUAACCUAUAUUUUUCGUGUACCCGAGCAAAAGUAUAGAGAAGUUGUUAUUUUCAAUUUUUACGUUUAUUCGUAAAUAUCAAGCACAGGGAUACAAAGUUACAAAUCCACAAAACAUUUUUCGGUCGAAAAUUUCAAUUGACAUUAUAUAACAUGUAAAUUGCACGUGUGGUUUUUAUGUAGUGUGCAGUGAGAAUAAAACGAAUUAGACAUUUAUUGGUUUUGAUAUUAUAAACAAACGAUCUACGGCCGUAUUUUGAGAGAUAAAUAUAUUAUCACGAUACUUACGAAUCUGAGAUUUCUAAGUAAUGUGUGGACUUCACUUUGAAUUAAGAACUUCACGUCUUUGGCUAGUGAUGCACAGUGAACGAUCUUCAUUGGAAACUCCAUUCAAAUCGAUCGUGAAUUAUGUGAAAAUACGAAUCCUAUUUCAUAACGACGAUAUUAUAAUAACUUCAGAUACAUAAUAAUAUUAAUAUAUUCAUUUAAUUUAAACAUAAAAAAAUUAUAGAUUUAUUCUGUGUGAAUGUGUGACGAGAGUUCAAAGAAUAAUCAUAAUAUUUGAAUGCUGUUCUCUAAAGUAUAUAUUUAUAAAUUGGAUAUAGAGAUAUUGACAAAAAUGCAACACUAAAAAAUAUAAUAGGUCAGAAGAAAACAUAGCUAACGCACCAUUCGUGAUAGAAUAGGAACAUAUAGUAGGAUAAAUAUUUAUUUAUCAUUAAACAGUAUGUUCGUAAAAAAUAUAUAUAUUUAUAUAUGUACGAAUAUUUUGAAAUUGGCGUUCAAUUAGUUAGAUGUGUGCGUGCCUACAAAGAUUCAUUGGACGUAAUUUUGAUUUAUGAAAUGUCUAAUGGUGUGCCGUAUGGCAUAUACAUAUAUAUGUAUUGUGUGUGUGUAACUGAGCUGAAUUUUGUAUGUCUUUAAACAAUAGAAAGAUAUGAAUGUAUCGGUUGCAACAUAAAUAUGUACUAGAAUUAUAUAAUAUAUAGCCUAAGGUUUUUUUGUUUGUCUAGUCUGAAACAUUUAGAAUGGCUAAUUAAAAAAGAAGAAAAAAACUAUUGAACUGAUCGUAAAUUUGAUUUAUUUAUUUUUGUUUAUAUCUUUUUACUCUGAGUUUAAGCUUAGAGAAAUGAAUUUUUAAAAUAUUUUCUAUUUGUAACUAUAUUUAUGUUGCGACUGCUAAUCAAUAAAUAAGCGACAGAAAACGUUACUAAGUAACUCUGUGGAUUGGUGUCAAUUAGUUUUGCUCUCAUAAAGUUGGCUGCUAUUCUAAUUUGGACCUUUUCCGCAGUUCAUAAAAUGCUAGUUAAUUCUAGAACCAUUUAAUUAAAGAACUCUGUCAAAUUGCUUUGUAACAUAUGUAUUUAAUCGAGAUGACUUCUGUGGACGAAGUAAGCUCUGGGACCGAUGACAUUCUGGUGCACAAUGAGGUAUAAAAUAAAUAUUUUUGGCCGUGAUUCAUAAACAAAUACAUACAUUAUCAAUGGUAUUGUAAAAUAAAUAUAUCAAUUUGGAGUACAAGUAACAGUACCUUAUCAUGUGACUAAAUUAAAAUAUCAUCUGUGUGUGACGUCAUCAUAUCCCCAUAUCACAAAUAUUGUAUCCAUAAAGCGACAGUCUGUAGCUUUUUUUUUUAAAUUUAUUUACGUCCAAUGGUUACAAUACCUUAUAGCCACAGUCUGUAGCUUUCUUACAAGUGUGACCAAUAUUUGAUUAGAAAAUAUUUUGCUUUCACGAGUGUUGCCAACUUUAUGAAAGAAAAAUGAAUUACCGAGCUCAUGUCUGAUUAUAUCGAUGCCUUUGUAUAAUAAUAUUACUGUAGUAAAGAAUGAUAUAUAUAUAUAUUUCAUUGUGAUGCGUGCUAAAGCGUGUAAUGAUUAAUUUAGUGAGAACCAAAUAUAAUACAUAUAUGUAAGAUAUAUAUUUUUCUUUAGUUUUUAAUUCGGGGCUUAGUUGUACGUAUUUAGAUUUAAGAAUAGCUUCUUCGUGCGUUCGUAUUAGGAACAAACUGAACGGUAUAAUGAUGCUAAAUAAAAGUAAUAGUUUUGCAAUAUCCACAUGCUCACGGUGCUAGAUACAAAACAAUUAGUCGAAUUAUAUAGAUUCCCUAUCGAAUGACACGGUUCUUAGUCGAUAAUUCAAAUUAUGAAUAGUAGUAUAACUUCAUUGUUUCAAUAGAUAAUAGUAAUGUUCCUAAAAGUGACUGGUUAAGGGUGUGCGAGGUUGUGUGUGUGUGUUUGUGUUACUGAAAAAAUGCUGCUUUCUAAUAAAAAAUAUAAUUCAGACAGUUUAUAUUAAAAGUUAUAUAAAUCGAUAUAACUGAAAUAGGAUGUUGAAAGCAGCGUUUUAUAAGUAAUGCAGAAUUUUACUAAAUUGUUUUUAAUUUUAUUCUAAAUUUAUUCUACACAGAUAUUAUGCUUAGUUGCAAUAUUACUGAAGAAAUUUUAAUUUUAUUCCCUUUCAAAUGAAAGUAAGGUUUUACUUUUUAUUAGUGUUUAAUUAUUAACGCAUAAGUUUUAGGUAGCUUACGAUUUGAACGAUCUUUUGUUACCGUCUUAGAUAUUUUAAAGAUGUCACUAUUGAGCCAUUAUUAUUAUAGUAAUAUGCAACUGAUUCACCGCUAAAUAAAUCUUAUGAUUAUAUAAAGUACUAGCUUCGCUAUGGCAUUUUCUGAUAUCAAUAAUACUUCCAUAUUUGAAUCGGAUUUUGUUUAUGUUUUUAUUUGGGUUUUGAUUUGUUUUCCCCAGAUCCAUUAGAAAAACAAUUUUAUUAUAAUAAAAGUAGAGUACUUGUUCAAACAUUAAUUAUCUGCGAGUAAAAGUAUCAUGACAUUUGGUGCAGAUUUGCCCGAAGAAACAAACACAAUAAGGUACAGUAAAUAUAUAUAUUUUUUUUCACUUUUCUUUUAAAGUAUAUACUUUAUGAAAGUGCAUAUAAUUCAUUCAACGCAUAUUUAGUGCAUAUUAUUCAUUUAGUAAUACAAUAAUACGUAUAUGGCUAUAACGAUUUUCUAGACACAUUUCACAGAUACAGCCAGUAUAUUAAAUAGCUUUUAACAACAUUAUAAUUGUUGAAAUUUUAUUUUACUAGUAAUCUGAUUAUAACAUAGUGCUUGAAGCAGUGUUGUGAGCGCGGGUUGCUGGAACUAUUGGAAUUAGUAACAAGUCAAAAUAUUUCUGUGUAAUUCCUUAAUAUUCUACUUAAGAUUCUAAACUGUAAUUUUUAUGAUCAGAUCUUUAUAAAUAUCUCAUCCUAUAGAUAGUUGCAUUAGAGCCCGCUAUGAAUUGAAAAGGCUUUAAACAUUUAUAUCCGACCUUGUGCCUCUUAACGUAAUUCAAAAUUGAAUUUUUAUAUCUUUUAUAGUCGCGUAAACGUAUCGUAAAAGACGCAUCAAAUGAAGGAAGCUAUUUCGUUUGUAUACAGACUUACAUUGCGUAGGUAGUUUGUUUUGUAAAUCUUAUGGCUCGUAUAUUGAAAGUUGUAUCGUAAUAAUAAUUAAAGUUGACAUAUUAUUAUAUAUUUACAACGUACGUAAUAAGGAACCGGGCAGCUGCUAUUGUAUAAAAUUGUCGCAGCCACAAAACUGUUCAAAGCAUCUUCCCCACGUAUGACGUCAUGUGAGCUCGGGAUACGAGACAAACUAACCGUAGACAAUAUAGAAUCGGUUUUACCUACUGAUUGAAAUACAAUCAUUAAUGGUUAACAAAAAUAGUGAUCUAAUGGUCGUUUGAAUUAGUUUAAUUUUUAACUAAUUUUUAGAUUGUUUGUAUUGGUGCCCGUUUGCAUAUUACGUAUCUAUGCGAUGGCGACUUUAUAUGUAAAUUGUUGACUGUCAAAUCUGUUUUUACCUCAAUUUCAUUAAAAACUAGUUCAUGCUGGUACAUGCGAAUCGAUUAUUGUAAUAUAAUAUGCGGUGUUUUUGAAAUGAGUAAUAGUGCUUUGGAAGUAAUAAACUUGCAUUUCAAAA